UUGUCUUUAAGGAAGGCCUCAUCCCAUCAGGAGCCAGAUGGCGUUUAAUGAUUGCUUUAGUUUGAGCUAUCCUGGUAACCCCCAGCCAGGGGACUUGAUUGAGGUAUUUCGUUCGGGCUAUCAGCACUGGGCACUGUACUUGGGUGAUGGUUAUGUUAUCAACGUAGCACCUCUAGAGCAUAGCAUUUCUGCAUCAUUUACAAGCGCCAAGUCUGUAUUCAGCCGGAAGGCCCUGGUGAAGAUGCAGCUGCUGAGGGAUGUUGUGGGAAAUGACACAUACAGAAUAAACAAUAAAUAUGAUGGGACCUACUCCCCUCUCCCUGUGGAAGAAGUCAUGCAACGGUCAGAGACGGUUAUUGGACAGGAGGUGGAAUAUGACAUACUUGUCAACAACUGUGAGCAUUUUGUGACUUUGCUUCGUUAUGGAGAAGGAGUUUCAGAGCAGGCCAACCAAGCAAUAAGUACCAUUGGGUUUGUGGCAGCUGCUGCUGGUGCCUUUUCACUCCUGGGCUUGUUUCCAAAAAGACAAAGAGCAAAACACUAUUAAUGAUUUACUGAAGAGAUAUUGGAACUGAAGGAAUUUGUGAGGAGGGGAAAAAAACUGGGAUGAAUACUUAUUUUCAAUGCAUCAUUAUUGUUCCAAAUUCCAGUGAUGGAUGGCAGGCUCCUUAAUAAAUUGCUUACUGAUAUUAUCUCA